AAGAGGAUAAAUACACGUUAUACAUGUUCUGCUUUGCCAGUUGAUUUCUAAUGGCUCUAUUUCACGUAUAGAUGGCCCUGUGUGGGUACAAUCUACAUUCAUACCAUAUGUAAUAUCUAGUUUCAUAAUAACUCGAAGAAUGGCCAUGUGAAUAACGUGUUCUGGGCUAAUACUUGAAAAAUAACAUUUUAUUAUUCCAAUAUUAACUACUAUUUAUUCUAGUGAGUGAUAUUAUGCUCCUUUGUUGCUAUACAUAAGGACUACUCACAUCCGUAGAACUCUCAUGUGUAAUACUCAACAUUCGCGAAAUGGAAUAUAAUGCAAACUUACAUAAACUGGUGAACGCCACCAAUAUCUUAUUCCACAUGAUGGAUAUUCAACCUUAUGCCAUGGUAUUGCCAAUGGAUAAGACCUCUAGCGUCAGAAAUAAAAGAAAAAUACUACACAAGAUGUUCAACAACACACAAGGUAUCGAUAAACCUCGCUCCAGAGAGGAUAGUAAAACACAGGCUAAUAUCACCGAGGCCAGUUUGAAUAACUCACAUGCAAACAUAUCAAAGGAUAAAAAAUAUGAACUACGCAAUGGUACACGCGCCGAAAGUAAACUUUCUAAUUCUUACAGCGGAUCGCUUGAACAAUCUAAUCCGAAAACAUCUAUAGAUGGAGUACAUCAAAGUAAUCCUGUUACGAGUCCAACUGGAGGAAUUGAAAACCAUACCAGCAGUUUUGUGGACACGAAAAUCGAUGAAAAAUAUAUUCCUGUUUCUCGCGUCAUUGAGAGACUAGACAAUGAUUAUAUUGUUGGAUGUAUGAUAAUACUCGCUAAAAAAGGAUCUAAUAAAAAGGGCAUUGUCCCUAUUGCCGGUGGUAUAAUUGAGGUCUUUGAUGAAUACGAACGUUCAAUUCAAGCUAUUUGGAGAAAUAGCGGAUUGGAAAAUGAGACUAUACUUAUGCAUGCUUUAGUUUUAAGGUUGUUUGCACAUGCGUACCAAAUGUCUAUUCCAUACGCUAAAAGAGUACAACAGAAAUCUAAGCUAGUAACUAUCUAUCACACAAUGGGCACUGUCUUCCCAGAAAGUGCUUAUGGGUUUAUAAAGGAUGAUAUGGGUCUAUCUAAGCAUUGCGAGGUAUUAAAAGGACCGAUACAACACAAUGAUAAUCCAAAGGUGCCUUGCAAAUGCUUGAAAUUCGAAACUUCUCUUACAAUGUUCCACGGAAUUACCGAGUACAGAUUUGUUGCGUUGUACACAACAGUAUAUGAGCGUGUUCUUACACAUCACAUGUCUGUGUUAUCCAGAUCAACUCUGCCUAAAGGGUAUGAAUCUGUUCCCGAGAAGGACGAAGGUUAUUCCAAGCCCUACCGAGACACAUACAGGGAGAUUCGUACCAAAAGAGAAGAAGACAACCGUGUCAAGAAAUAUAAAGUAGAUGAAUAAUAUAUAAUAUUG